AUAGUUUUCCGUGUUUUGUCAGCACCCUUUCUGUAAUUGUUGCUCGCCUGGUCGGUUACGAAGAAGCUACACCGUCCCGGCGUACAAAGCUUUCUUGUUGUCGGGCAUGCCGCUUUGCACAAAAUGUUGUUCCACGCAACAAACCGCGGAAUGGUAUUAGCGGAGAAACCUCGAAUAAGCGGAAACUGAAUCACGUCUCUCAGGUACAUGGUCUAAAAAGAAAAGAGCAUGCGGUCCAUGUCCUAACAACACUUGCUCUAAGGGGAUUCUCAACUCGCAGACAAAACGAUUCACCCCUUUAUUAUUAACUCAGUGCGGUAACUGAGUUGCUAAGCUCAGUAUCUGUCAAAAGGAAAUUGACGUCCUUACACAGUGACUGUGACGGACUAAUCGUUGAGGACCUGGCCCGAUUCAAGCCCUGUAUCAACAGCUGGGACGGAGAUACAAAGCUCACAGCUAUUGAAUACUUCCAGUCAGCGUGCAAUUCUCGAUGCGUUAACAACGAGAGAGAGCGCUUAGCAUGUGAGGGAGAGAGAGCGCGAGAGAGAUAGACAGAGGGAUAGGAGAGGAGACGCCGUGAAAUAUUAGUUAAUUCCAAAGCGUGGGUUACGCAGAAGUUUUUUGAAAUAUUGACGGGAUUUUCAUAAAACCGAUAAACAGAUAAACAUCGCGUGGUGGUCAUUGGUCAUUUUGAAGACGUUGCAAAGUGUUGUGGAAAUAACAGAAAAGAGGUGGAUAUAGUUCGCUACGCGAUAAAGGUCGGCUUCAGCCUUGAUACAUAGCAGAAGUAGCGAUAGGAGUGGGAUACACAUACAACUAGGCAGGAGACCUCAUUUGCAGGACUUGAGAACAACGGUCGCGCCAGUGUGACGAUGGCCUGGAAUAAAGCUGCUUUGGUCCUGCUUUCUCUCAUCUUGUGUUCCGAGGGCCAGGUACACCGGUAUGGCCUAUCGUCAUACCACUACAACCGGCGCCCGGCCCAAACCCCCUGCCCGUACCAGUGUAUCUGUGCGCCCAUGGGCUCGGACCCGCCUAGAUCCAAGAAUCUGAACGUGAUGCUCACGAUGCACAGGUACCAGAGGUUGAUUUACGGAUACGGCGGCAUGAAAUUCCAGGAAAAUUCCCCGGAAAAUAAUGGCCGAGAAAUGACCUGUCUGGGACUCAGCAGCGUGCCCAGUUACAUACCAGGAGAUAUCAAAAAGCUGUCUUUAUAUGGUGAUGACUCGGAUGGUGAACCCCCACAGAAGGACCAAUCAUCCCGGAGUUCGGAUAUGUACUAUGACGGCACCCUUUCAGACUCCCCCCUGUACCGUGACCGUUACCAGUCAUCCUACAGCAGCACCCCCUUUAGCCAACUGACCACUGUUCCCAAACGACCCUUCUUGCUGUCCAGGGAGCUAAAACAAUUGGCCAUUGAGGGAAAUCGGAUCAAGAUUGUUCACGAGCGGCAGUUUGAGAUGUUGCACGAUUUGAAGAAACUGUCACUAAAGAAUAACCGCCUGAAGACGAUAUCUCGUGAGGCCUUUGAUGGGCUGACGGCCCUAGAGGAUCUUGACUUGUCAGGGAACCAUAUUGAGGAACUUCAUAAGUCCAUUCUGCAGAAAACGACCAAAUUGAAGCGACUAAACCUUAAAAGUAAUCGGCUUUACUAUCUGGACGAAUAUGCCCUUAGAACAUUGACCCAAUUAGAAUUUCUUGAUAUGUCAAAUAAUUAUAUCAACGACCUGCCAGCCGCCAUCUUUAGCGAGCUGGUAAACCUCAAAGAACUCUACCUAGAUAACAAUAACAUUGCCAUUUUAGGCUGGAUAUGGUUCAGGCAACUUGCUCGGUUGGAAAAGUUGUCCCUAAAGGGGAAUGGGGUUGUUGUCGUGCCGCCCCAGGCCUUUGAACCAUUAUACAACCUCCGAGUUCUCUCUCUGGCUAACAACAAGUUGGACACUCUUACAUAUGACACCUUCAAAAAUCUUGCAAAAAUGGAAACAUUGGAUUUAUCAAACAAUAGCAUAUCCAAGAUUGACGACUCGACUUUCCAUCACAUGUCAAAGUUGGAAUCCUUAAACUUGAAUCGUAAUAGGAUCCAAAGUAUUGGCAGACUUUUCCAAAGCAACUUCUCCUCACUACAUGUGCUGUCUCUGUCAAGAAACCGGAUUGAAACCUUGCAAAGCCAGGAUAUCCGGCGCGUUAUGAAGCUGAACAAAUUGGAUCUUUCUUAUAACAAACUAAAGGACAUAAGAACCCGCACUUUUACCGGAUUUACAAACCUGAGAAUUCUUAAACUUGACCACAAUGACAUCAGAGACAUUGAGGACGAGGCCUUUACUGUGGCUGUCGUGAAUACCCUUUCAAAACUCACUUGGCUUUAUUUACAAUACAAUGAAAUGACAGCCAUUCGUCCCAGGGCCUUAUAUGGACUGCCUUACCUAAAGUUUCUCAAUUUAGCCCAUAAUAAAAUCGAAAAUAUGGCCUCCACUUCCUUUAAUUGGAUGGGAGGAGUAAGGUCCCUCAUGCUGAAUACCAACAAACUUUCAAAGAUCGACACUGGAAUGUUCCAGAAAAUGGGUGUCUUGAAACACUUGAACCUUGCUGACAAUAAACUGCGUACUUUGCCUUUCAAUACUUUAUUGGGGUUAGAGAAUUUGGAGGAAAUCAACCUUGGUUCAAACAGAAUCAAAGGUCUGGCAGAUGAUGCCUUCUUGGACACCCCGAACCUGCGUCGAAUUGACCUGCGCAGCAACAGGAUAAACACUGUGGAUAUGAAAACAUUUUCACCAAUUUUACGACUGAGAUACCUCAACUUCGCCAAAAACAAAAUAUCUCGUGUCAGGAUGUCAAACACCCAUCAGAAAAGUAUAAAAUAUUUGUCGUUUGCGGACAACAACUUGGCGACAUUAAGCGAAAAAGUCCCCAUGAUGAUGAGACCUUACGGAUAUAUCCAUUUGUAUGGCAACCCUUGGGCAUGUGACUGUAGACUGGCAUGGCUGGCAAACAGGGAGAACAGGCUCCGAGUUGUUAAUAGUCAUGACGUCAUGUGCAAGACACCGUCUUGGUAUACGGGAAGAUCUGUGCUAGAAAUCCAGCCGGAUCGUUUCGUCUGCGUUCCUCAGUCACGUGCGGCCGCCGCAAUGCAAAUGGGCCGACGUCAUGUUGGUGGUCUAAGUUGUGCUUUACCGCCUGCAGAUAUUGAAAACAUUGCCGCAACCCAGAUAGCUUGGAAGAGGAAAGCAGUAUUCCCCAUGCACGCCACCGUCCUUAACACGGAGGGCUUACCCGCGUGCGCUGGCCUCCACGUGGACAGAGACUGGGUGCUAACCAUGGGCAGCUGCCUGUCUCUUAAGCGUGAGGACGGAUCGCCACUCGUGAACAGGACUGCUGCGGUCAGGCUCGGGGAGUACAGGGAAGGAAGAACGCGGGACGCCCCAAAGACGAUUGAGUCGAUAUUUGUCCACCCACAGUCAAACAACGGUCGUUUCGACGUUGCCCUUGCCAAGCUGAAGCCAACGUAUCAGUCUGGAGCGCGGGCUCAGGAGUACCCUUGCGUGCUGACAGAACACCACAUCGAUGUCGUUCAGAGGUUGGGUAUGAAGGGCGUUGUCAGCGCUCAGCAAUCGAGAGGGACUACGUCAACACGGGUUAAGCUUCGAAUGGCUCCCAUCUACCUCACCCCUAAACCUCAAUGCAGGGCGUCUGGAUUUAUCUGUGGUACGUCGAAAAUCUACAGAAUAAAGCCGGACCAGGAGGUCCCUUACCGCACCAAAGGUUCCCCCUUGUUCUUUGACAUGGGGCCAAGGGGAUGGACCAUAGGGGGGAUUCAGAAUGGACAGUUGAAUGGCAAUGAGGGAUGGUUCAUGCCUGCUUAUGCGUAUCUGUCUUGGAUGGAAAACACCAUACAAAGAUACUCUAGACAGUAAAAUAUUAUGAUCGGAAUAUGAUUGUAGGAAUUAGUUAAAUAACGUGCGGACCAAUAUUAUGGUGAUUACGCACUUUGCAGACAGGUUCAAACAACGAAAGCAAAACCAUAGUUUUUCAUAGCGAUAUAUUUCCGAUUAUGCAGGAAAUUUAGUGGAAAUAGAUUAUUACAAGAACAGGUUAGACGAUUUUAAUUAUGAGAAAAAUUUUGAGAGUUUUUUGGGUGGUAAUAUUAAGAUGUUCACCACAUUUGUAACAUGAAGUAACCUGCUACACUUACACAUUUGAAAAAGGUUGUAUUCGACUAUGUUAACAACUGGUUAUCUGGUGCAAUAUUAUCAUUGCUCUAACGGAAUUUUACUGACCAGAAGUGGAAAAAACGCAUUUAAACGCAGGUUAUACAAAGUUCGCUAAAUAUUUCUGUGGUUGAUUUAACUAAAUGCGUUUAAACCUUAUGAGAUUAGAUGAUGUUGUUUACCACAUGAGAUUUAUCUUCUUGUUUAUCAGCUCAUUUGAAAUCUCACUGGUUUCGUUUUGACCUCCACUACUAUGACAUUUUAAACUAUUUAAGAGACAAAAAUUAAGUCAACAGUUCUGUAGCAUCUAAAAGUAGUAUCAUAUUUAUUUCAUGUAAUUUAGUCGUGUACGUAACUAAUCUCUUUUCUACAUUUUCGUUCUAAUAAUAUCAUAAAGUUUUUUGUUGAGACACUGUUGUAUAUAGCUAAAUAUUGUAUAUAAGAUGUAAAUAGGCGUACUCCUUUGUUUCGCUAACUUUGUUUUAAUAAAGAUAAGUAGUGGAAUACUUGAACAGUGUGGCGAAUGGCGUUCUUUGUUGGCGUGUCUUAUGUGAUUAACCACCUUGUAAGUUAGAUGUAUUUAACUAAAUAAUUUUGAUCUUCACCAGUUUAAAGUGUUAUUGGAAUAUGUUAUAAAUUGAACUUACAGCAAAGUGAUCUUUUAGUCGUUUGAAGCCAACUUGUUAAGAUGUUUCUUUAACAAAACGCUAUAUGGCAUGCACUUGAAAGAAUUGGUGGCUGUCACAGAAUUAACAGAAGAAUCAAACCAUGAUUACUGAAACCAGGUUGUCAUUUGACCCGUGAUCUUUGUUAGUUGUGAAAAACUACACGGGAAUGGAUUUCUGACAUAGCUUUACAAUACACUGCCAUUAUCAUUGUACUACCUACCAGUUCCCAUUAGUCAAGGGACGCCUGUCGUCUGCUCAAUACAAGAUGGAUGCACUGGUCAUUCAGGAGGCGUUUUGAUGCCAUAAUUAAAGAUACAAUAAAAUAUUUAUUUCGUAAACGUC